UCAGCGAAGUCCGCAGAAUACUAAAGCUCCUUCAAAAUGCAAGUGUCAUUUGCCAAAACCGGCUGUUGUUUUGUUUUGUUCAAAUUAUUUGCAACCGUGCUCGAUAGUGCGACUGGAAAUUAAGCAAAAUUAUAAGACUUGAGCAUUAAAUAUGGCCCACCAUCACGGUCACAGUGGUGGCUGUGCCCACGAGGCCCUUGGGAUCGACGACGAACUGGAAAUGGGAAUACAGUAUAGCCUAUACGAAAAGAUUGACAUGAUCAAUGUAGAGUGCCUAAAUGAGGAAACAGAAGAUUCCGGUAAAACGGUAUUCAAACCGUACGACCAAAGGUUGGAUUUCGAUAAAUUCGUUACCAGUGAUGCCGACGAGGAGUUGCUAUUCAAUAUUCCUUUCACGGGGAACGUGAAGCUCAAGGGUGUUAUCGUAGUGGGCGGAAAUGACGAUAGUCAUCCGAAAAAGAUGAGAUUAUUCAAGAAUCGACCAAAGAUGACAUUCGAUGACGCUGGGGCACCCGCCGAUCAAGAAUUUGAGCUGGAACGCGAUUCCAGUGGUGUUAUCGAGUAUGCCACAAAAGUAGUUACCUUUUCUUCCGUGCACCACCUGUCGAUUCACAUACCCACAAACUACGGUGACAGCAAUACCACAGUGUACUACAUUGGACUGAAGGGAGAAUUUAGUGAAGCUCAUCAUCACGGUGUGACGAUAUGCACCUACGAGUCCGCACCGAACGUGUCCGAUCACAAGAAUAAUGUGUUUGAUUCAGUCGGUCAUCAGAUCCAGUAAAUCUGUAUUGUUGGAAAUGACUUUUUGAUAAUUCUAUUUAUUUUUCAACCAAA